AGUUCAAAUCCAUAUAAAUCUAAUGGAUUUGAACUGAAUCCACGUAAAGUUUACCCGUAGAAUAUAAAAACUAGUGAGCGUUAAUGUUGCAGGAAGAAACAUAUUCUGAACAUGUAAAACACAAACCAAAUUAUCAGUAUUCUAUACAUUUACAAUACAGUUACGUUAUGCAAUAAAAAAAUACACAUACACUUUACCUAUGCAAUUCAAGGCGUCCCGUCCCGGUGAUUUUGUUCAAUUUUUUGGCUAUGAGUUUUCUUUCAAAAAGCAGUUUUGUCUGCUAUCAUUUGAAUUGAAAAAAAUUAUGUAUUUUGGUCGUACACGCCUGGAUCUUGGACUUCGAUUGUAACAAAAAAUGAGCGUUGUUAGUUUUUUCUCAGCCUCAAUUACUAAUAUUAUAUCUUCAGUGUACUGUAUAUUAUCUUACAGAAGUAGUUUCUUCAGUGGCUGAAGUUAACAGGUAUUCUAUAUCUGAUCAGAAGUCCCGUGGCAAGCAAUCUUUUUAAAAUUGUUUCGUCCAAAAUGAAUCAUGAAGACAUUUUAAAUGCUUCUUCGGGCCAUGAUGGCCAUGACAGUGGUCAUUCGGAGUCGUCAUCGUCGGCAGGGUAUCCGAUAGCCUCGUUUGACUUGCAUCAUGUGAAGCUUCCUCUCAUAGUGGUCACGUGGGUGGUGUUCGUAUCCUACAUCAAGACACUCUUCCACUACUCGGAGAGAAUUGCCAAAAUGAUACCGGAAAGCUGUCUUCUCGUCGUCCUGGGAAUCGGCAUUGGUGCUAUUGCGUACAUGGCAGGUGCAGACUUGGAGCACUCCUACAUCCAACUGAACUCAUCCCUCUUCUUCCUCUAUCUCUUACCGCCCAUAGUGUUCGAGGCAGGAUACUUCAUGCCUGUCAGACUCUUCUUCGAGAACCUGGGCACCAUUCUUCUCUACGCACUGGUGGGCACUGUAUGGAACACAGUGUCCAUUGGACUGCUGCUGUUCGGGGGACACCUGAUGGGAUGGUACGUAGUGGACGAGAGUGGCGUGGACAUGAGUGUCCUCACUUGCUUCCUCUUCAGUGCUCUCAUCUCAGCCGUCGACCCAGUCGCUGUUCUCGCUGUAUUCGAGGAGAUCCACGUGAAUGAAAUCCUCUACAUCCUGGUGUUCGGGGAGUCCCUUCUGAAUGACGCCAUCACAGUUGUGCUGUACCACAUGAUGGAAAACUUCUCCCGCAUAGGCGAGGACAAUCUCACCGCCUAUCAUUUCUUAAGUGCAAUCGCAAAUUUCUUCUGCGUGUCAUUCGGCGGAGUGGCCAUCGGAAUCAUUUUCGGCUUAUGUGCGUCCUUCACUUCCAAGUUCACAGAUCAUGUGCGUUCUCUGGAGCCAAUUUUCAUAUUCGCAAUCGGCUACAUAUCAUACCUCACAGCCGAAAUCUUCCACUUCUCAGGAAUUUUAGCCAUUGUAACGUGCGGAAUGUUUAUGAGCCAGUAUGUCGAAAUCAAUAUUUCUCAUAAAAGUCACACAACUGUCAAGUAUUUUCUGAAAAUGCUGGCGUCUGUAGCAGAAUCCAUUAUUUUUUUGUUUCUAGGACUAGCGACUAUUUCAAAAGUCCGAAAUAUUGACUGGGGAUUUCUGGUGGUAACUUUGUUCGCGUGUUUUGUUUGCAGAUUUAUUGGCACUUAUUUGCUAACUUACUUCGCUAAUUUGAGAAGAAAAACAAAACUUGACUUCUUCCAACAGUUCAUUAUGAGUUACGGAGGAAUUAGAGGCGCAGUUGCUUUUUGUUUAGCUGCCUCUCUUGAACUUGACAUCGUUAGCCAAUCUAAAAAAGACACUUUAGAAGCUACUACGUUGCUUGUUAUAUUUUUCACGGUUUUUGUUCAAGGCAUAACAAUAAAACCGCUGGUAAAGUUACUUCGUAUUAAAACCUUGAGCAUUCAUGAAAAAAACUUGAUGGAAAUUAUGUCGUUACGAGUUGUGGAUCAUACUAUGAGUGGAUUGGAAAACAUUUCGGGUUCUCAUGGUGACAAUUUAGUGCGGGAAAAUUGGAGGAAGUUCAACAAUCGGUUUAUCAAGCCGUAUCUAUUACGCGACAUUGAAGUUUCUUCAGAAAUGGAUCUGAUGAAUUCGUUCACGAAAUACGAGAUAAAUGAACAAAUUAUGUCGAUCGUGAACAAACGCAACUCGGAUGUUUCGGUAGAACUGACUCCGCUGACCUCGUCUACGAAUUUUCCGAUGUCAAGUGCCAAAGAAGCCCUGCUUAGUGGCAAGCCACCCUCUGAGCUUUCAAGAAAGACCCAAACGGAGCUGAAAAGGAGGCUUCUAACACAUAGAAACACGAACUUCACCGUAUCUCGAUAUGCCAUCCCGGAUUCUCUCGCCAACAUCCAUCAACUGGCUUCUUGGUCUGUUGGCUCUGCAGAUGCGUCAGAUGUCAAUCAAGUGAGAAAAUAUUCUCAAGAUAGGAAACGAAAUGGCGAUCGCCAUGCUCGUGAAGGCGUUAAAGUAGGGAUGAAAACGAUACCCGAAGAUAGCUGCAAAAAUAACGACGGAAAUAAACGUUCAGAUGUUAAAUUUGAAAUGGGAGAUGAGGAUGAAACAAAAGCUGCAGAUGAGUCAAACGAUGAAACACAGAUUUAA